AACUACACAUAUAAAAGCCAGUGUCCACCACUGCCAGCACUCAGGGAAGUGAAUCACGAUCGAGACACAGCCAUGUUCUUGCUUGUCAGUUGUUUGGCUCUUGUGGCCUCUGCACUGGGGUGUGGAGUGCCUGCUAUCAAGCCCCAAGUGAGAGACAACAAGAUUGUCAAUGGGCAGACCGCUGUGUCUGGGUCCUGGCCUUGGCAGGUUUCACUUCAGGAUGGUAGGGGAUUCCACUUCUGUGGGGGAUCCCUGAUCAACCAGUACUGGGUUGUCACUGCUGCUCACUGCCGUGUGUCUCCUAGAAGCCACCGUGUUAUCCUGGGAGAGCACGAUCGUCAGUCCAGCAGUGAGCCAAUUCAGGUCAAGUCCAUUUCCAGGGCCAUCACUCACCCCUACUACAACACCCAGAACUUCAACAAUGACAUCACCCUUCUGAGGCUGUCCUCCCCAGUGCAGAUGACAUCCCGUGUGUCUCCUGUAUGCCUGGCCUCCUCCAGCACCAACAUCCCCUCUGGAACCAGAUGUGUCACCACUGGGUGGGGCAAGACCGGCCAAACCUCAAGCCCCCGCUACCUCCAGCAGACCGGCCUGCCUCUGCUCAGCCCUGCUCAGUGCAAGCAGUACUGGGGUUAUAAUAGAAUCACUGAUGCCAUGAUCUGUGCCGGUGCUUCUGGAGUAUCCUCCUGUCAGGGUGACUCCGGUGGCCCUCUGGUCUGUGAGAAUGGUGGAGUGUGGUCCCUUGUGGGUAUUGUGUCCUGGGGCACCUCUAACUGCAACGUGCGCGCCCCUGCCGUGUACGCCCGUGUGUCCUACCUGCGCAGCUGGAUCGACCAGACCGUUGCUUCCAACUAACGUGCAAACAGACAGAAUUCCCAUCGUCCUGUUCCUCACUGUGAUCAAUGAGUGAUUCUAUGCAGUGUCAAUAUGAGCUGCUAUUUCCAUUGACUUUGAAUGGUACUCAGUGUACUGAUGUGUUUGGUGCAUCUAUGAGAAAUCAUGCAUAAAAUAAAACUCUUAAGAACACUAA